UGUGGCAGGAGAGGAGAAGAGCAGUAAAUCAGAGGUCUGAAAGGGAACUGUUCCCCUUCUGCCUGCGCCCAUGGACGACGCCCAGGAACAACACCCCCCGAAUAGGAAGACAUAAAUUUGACGGGCGAGGCUUUGUUCCCCCGGUUUCUCUCUCUGGAUCGUUCACCUAUAAUGGAACGGGCGAUGGAGCAGCUCAACGUACAGCUUAGCCGGCUGACCCGCUCCCUCCGCCGGGCCAGGACGGUGGAACUCCCGGAAGACAAUGAGACUGCAGUCUACACACUCAUGCCGAUGGUUAUGGCUGACCAGCACAGGUCAGUGUCAGAGUUGUUGCUCAACUCCAAGUUUGAUGUGAACUAUGCUUUUGGACGAGUGAAGAGGAGUCUUCUACACAUCGCUGCCAACUGUGGCUCAGUGGAGUGUCUGGUUCUGCUGCUGAAGAGAGGAGCCAACCCAAACUACCAGGACAUCUCCGGCUGCACCCCCCUGCACCUCGCUGCUAGGAACGGACAGAAGAAGUGUAUGGGAAAACUACUAGAAUAUAAUGCUGAUGUCAACAUCUGCAACAACGAGGGUCUGACCGCUAUCCACUGGCUGGCGGUGAACGGGAGGACGGAGCUUCUCCAUGAUCUGGUGCAGCACGUCACCAACGUGGACGUGGAGGACGCCAUGGGGCAGACAGCUCUACACGUGGCCUGUCAGAACGGACACAAAACUACGGUGUUGUGUCUUCUGGACAGUGGAGCCGACAUCAACCGCCCCAACGUCUCCGGAGCCACGCCUCUUUACUUCGCCUGCAGCCAUGGCCAGAGAGACACGGCGCAGAUCCUGCUCUCUCGAUCAGCCAAAUACCUCGCAGACAAGAAUGGAGUCACUCCUCUGGAUCUCUGUGUGCAGGGUGGAUAUGGGGAGACCUGUGAGAUCCUCAUCCAGCACCACGGCAGACUCUUCCAGACCCUCAUACAGAUGACACAAAAUGAGGAAAUGAAAGAGAACAUGCUCCGGCAGGUUCUGGAGCAUGUCUCUCAGCAGAGUGACAGUCAUUACCAGAGGAUUCUGAUCAGUCUUGCUGAAGUGGCUACCACCAAUGGACAUAAGCUCCUUAGCCUGUCCAGCAGUUAUGAGGCUCAGAUGAAGAGUCUGCUGAGAAUCGUUCGUAUUUUCUGCCAUGUGUUCCUCCUGGGGCCUUCAUCACCCAACAAUGGCAAUGAUAUGGGCUACAACGGCAACAAGACCCCUCGCAGCCAGGUGUUUAAGAUGAUUGCGAGGCAGAUGGAGGUGGAGACCGUACAAAAAGAUGAAUGUUCCUGGACAGGUUCUGCUUUCUUUGAUCCGCUGGAGCUGCUGUGGCACUCCCUGGACGAGUGGCUGGUGCUUAUCUCCACAGAGCUGGACAGGAACAGGAAAAACCCAUCCUCCUCGUCCUCCAGCAGCGAGAUAGCCUCUCUGCUCCUCAAACAGCGGGAGGUGGAGCACCCGGGCUCCACGCCAAAGCUGCCCUCCCUGCUCGACCCUCAGACGGUGAUGGAGACGGAGGUGUACGCGGAUGGGGAAGACGUUAUCUCCAUGACAGCCAGCCGCCUCAGCGCUGUGAUCCAGGCCUUCUACAUGUGCUGCUCCUGUCAGAUGCCACAAGGAAUGACGUCCCCUCGCUUCAUAGAGUUUGUUUGCAAACAUGACGAGGUGCUCAAGUGUUUUGUAACCAGGAAUCCAAAGAUCAUCUUUAACCACUUCCAUUUCCUCCUGGAGUGUCCAGAAUUGAUGUCACGCUUCAUGCAUAUCAUAAAGGGCCAGCCCUUCAAGGAUCGCUGUGAGUGGUUCUACGAGCAUCUGCUGGCCGGCCAGCCAGACUCAGACAUGGUUCAUCGCCCGGUCAACGAGAACGACAUCCUGCUCAUCCACAGAGAUUCCAUAUUCAGGAGUAGCUGUGAAAUGGUUUCCAAGUCCACCAAUGAGAAACUCAAACAGGGCAUCGCUGUUCGUUUCCAUGGCGAGGAGGGGAUGGGUCAGGGUGUGGUCCGGGAGUGGUUUGACGUCCUGUCCAAUGAGAUCAUCAACCCAGACUAUGGUCUGUUCACACAGUCAGCUGAUGGCACCACUUUUCAGCCCAACAGUAACUCGUCAGUGAACCCGGACCACCUGAACUAUUUCCAGUUUGCGGGUCAGAUUCUGGGUCUGGCUCUGUACCACCGGCAGCUGGUCAACAUCUAUUUCACCCGCUCCUUCUACAAACACAUUCUGGGUAUCCCAGUGAACUACCAGGACGUGUCAUCAAUCGAUCCAGAGUACGCCAAGAACCUGCAGUGGAUCCUGGACAACGACAUCAGUGAUCUUGGGCUGGAGCUCACCUUCUCCGUAGAGACGGAUGUUUUCGGGGCCAUGGAGGAAGUGCCGCUUAAACUGGGGGGGACCAGCAUUCUCGUCACCCAGGACAACAAGGCCGAGUACGUGCAGCUGGUGACAGAGCUGAGGAUGACGCGGGCCAUCCAGCCUCAGAUAAACGCCUUCCUGCAAGGAUUCCACACGUUCAUCCCCCCCUCGCUCAUUCAACUUUUCGAUGAAUACGAAUUGGAGCUCCUGCUGUCAGGGAUGCCAGAGAUGGAUGUGCAGGACUGGUACAGGAACACAGAGUACACCAGUGGCUAUGACCCUCAGGAGCCGGUCAUCAAGUGGUUCUGGGAGGUGGUGCACAGCCUGACCCAGGAAGAGCGGGUUCUGCUGCUUCAGUUUGUCACUGGAAGCUCCAGGGUUCCUCAUGGGGGCUUCGCCUUCCUGAUGGGGGGCAGCGGGCUACAGAAGUUCACCGUUGCUGCAAUGCCAUUCACCUCCAACCUUCUGCCUACCUCUAGCACCUGUAUCAACAUGCUGAAACUCCCAGAAUACCCGAGCCAGGAGGUCCUGAGAGACCGGCUGCUCGUAGCGCUGCAUUGUGGGAGCUACGGUUACACCAUGGCGUGAACCCUAUAUCAGUUCUGCUGCUGCGAGGGUCUGCAGACGGUUCUGUGCAGUCAGACGCUGCUUUUGCUGGACAAAAAAGAAAGGGAACGAUUCUGACUAAUGAGCUGCUGGAGAGGAACACAGACUGAUGGAGAGAACAGGAACCGUACCUGUGCCAGAUCCUCUUUUUUAUUGUUAUCAAAGCUGUUAUCUGGUAAUUAUGCAAAUAGUUAUUUAGUAUCUUCUGAAUAUGACUAUUUUCAAGCAUUUAUUUAGAAUAAAGACAGCAUUUAUACCACUGAUUAUCUACUUAAGACACAGGACAAUAAUAAUAAUUACAAUUAAGCAUAUUCAUGCAUGCCUACUUUCGCUUCUCCAUAUGGAACCAGUGUGGAACUGAUUAAACAUAUGGAAUCAAUUUACCUGCAUCAUGUCCAUAUCACAGCUUCACAGUGCUUUUGUUAGGCGCACAUACACAUAACAACAGUGUAUACAAAAACCUUCUUUUUUUGUUGCCAAUGUCCUAGUCUUUUGGGCUAGCAGAUCUUCUCCACGAACCAAAACCACAUACUAUCCAUGGCUGAGUGUUAUUAGAGGAUCAAAUCGCAAAGGUUCCAAUAUGAUGACUGAUUUUAUACUUUAUUGCACUGUGAAGAAACCAAAACCAUUCUGUUUGUUUGCCAAACCUUGAAAAAUAUAGUAAAAUCAAAGCGCUUCAUGACCAAAACUAUGUAGUCACAUUCGAGCCUUUUGCACAAAGUUUGGAGAACACUAUUGUCUGUGUAUGUAUGUUGUAAUAUCAGGAUUAAAGCUGCUUUCACAUGAUUAGCUGUUAUCGCACCGUGACGUUGGGCCUUGCUGGGAAAGCGGCUAGUUAACUUUGGUAUUUAUGGCAACCUCUCCUGCUAGCUGAAGAUAAGAUGGACCUUUAUUGAUCCCCAUUGGGAAAUGCAGGUGUUAAAGCAGCGACAGAAUACGACAGAAAGUACACAUGGGAACACACACAAGGGUAAUAAUAAUAAAAUGUUAGAUAUAUAUACAUUUAAAUGUGUUGUAAAGGCUUGUGCCGCUACAUACAGCUGUUAUCGGAUCAGUUAGCACAUCUAUAGGUCAAUGGCAAACAAGGUCGAAGUAGAAACAAUUUGACCUUUGAGCGCUUGGCGACAAUUUUUGAAUGGUGUGCGACGUCGAGGGGAGGGCUCCCGCCUAGUCAGGCACAUUUCUCUCUAUAGAAACAUGUCAUCUGUUUUACCACGUAUCAUGUGAACGCAGCUUUACCUUAGAAUUAAGAGGCUCUAACCAGAAGAAACAAACCCAGAGCGAGUGAUCACAACAUUGUUGGUUCUAUUAUUUUGACUGAAUCUUUUAAAUGAGGCCAUGAUUGGAUGACAAUUUAGUAUUACUACACCGCCAUUUUUUUUCCUGUGCUUAUCAUAAAUAUCACAAAAUUCACAAAAAUAUGCGAUGCAUGAGACGGGAGUGUUGGUAAAAUUCCAGUAACUUUGUUGUCAGAAAAUAAAAUUUGACAUAACAAUACAAAACAAUGCCAAUAAUACCAAUACAGUGAAGUAAAAGGGAAUUUAUUUAAUCAUUUUGUACCAAAUAUAUACUAUAAUGAGCGAUGCCAAGUAUAGAUAUUUAUUGACUUUCAUUUGGAGUGCAAUGUAUCCAAUGAGACUGAAUCUGGAUAUUAAUCGUAGUUAUGAAACGUGCUGAAUGACUCAGGUUUUAUCCACCGGCUACAUCGCUGCAUGAACCCCUCCAUCUGCGGCAUCAAGUCAUUCGGACAACAUGAUUUACAUUUUUUUAAUUUAGUGAGCGUAUUGCAAUCAUCUGUGCUUAAUGAAUGAAUAGAAAUCUUCAGCUUUCUGUUUGAAUGUGUUCCUGUUUUUUGUCAUGCAGCAAUACCACACAGCUACAUGAUAACUGUCUGGCUUGCAGUGCCAAAAACAUAAUGCUGAAAUCAUUUUAUACAUGUUGAUGUCUUUAAUUUGUAUAUUUGCCUUCACAAACAUGCUGAAGACGUGUUUUUAUCCAAAAGAGAUGGGAACAUGCCAUUUAUCCGUGUGUAAAGGGAGUGUAUAAGUUGAUUUAAUAUUUCACAUUAUCUAUCAGUAUUGUUUCGAAGGCCUUAUCUGAAAUGCUUUUGUAAACAGUUGUUAAUGUUGAUUGAAAAUGGAUCCUUUAUAGAUAUUUCUCCAGUAUCAAAUGAUGUAUUUUACCAUAAAUAUACGCUGUGCUUUGAGUUUAUAUCAAAUAAAAAAAUGUUUUGGAA